AUGAGUAUAUCCGCAUAUUCUUAUGAAGCUGAUAGGGCGAAAAGAUUAAUUUUUGGUUCAUACACGUUUUCAUUUAAUGAUGAGCAUUUAAUAAGAACUGACGGAAAAACUGAACAUUUAAUCUCGUGGAAAGAAUAUGAAAAAUUCAUUCCAAUAUUAACGCCAUGUACAAUGCCUUUUAUAAAAGACGGAGAAAUUAUUGAAAAAGAUAACACAACAGUAUAUAGGUCUGUUUAUGAAGCAUUAGAAUAUAUGUUGAAUUAUAAUCCCGAAAGAUUUGAUCCAAGCACUACGCCAUGUGCAAUGCCCUUUAUUAAGGAUGGUGAAAUUGUAAGGGUUCCGAAUUCAACGGUUUAUACAGUUGUUCAAAACAGUUUACAAAACAUUUUAGUGAAUAUCUUUAAUUCAGAAACUACAGAAAUAAAAUUACCGUAUAUAACAGAUGCUAAAGAAAUUAAAUCAAGAAUUACAACAUUAUUUGCAUCACUUAAUGAUUUAAUGACUUAUAUAAUUAAUACUCCCCAGCCGACUUCGGCAUUUGAUCCAAACACGACGGUUUGCAGUGUGCCUUUCAUUGAUGACAGUUCAGUAAUUGAAUUAAGGGAUUCAACAGUAAAUGAAUCAUUAAAGGCUUCAUUAAUGAAAAUCAUUGAUUUUAACUCAUUCAUGAAUACAUAUAAUUCAUUCAUUAAUGUUUCAUACACUUCUAAAGAAGGUGAGCCAAAAACUAUUGAUAAAGCGGUGUAUGAAAUAAAAGCAUCAAUGACGAAAUUGAAUUCGUUAACUUUUGACGGUGAUAGUUCCGUUAAUAGCAUGACAUCAGGAAAAACAAUUUUAACGAAAGAAUAUUUAAAAUCUCAUGUUAGUGAAUUCGUUGAAAUUGAAAAAGAAGGCGGAAUUAAGUUCGAUCCACUGGGUUUCAUUUUCGACUUAGCGAAUGCGGGUGUUAGUUUCGCUGAAUGGACAACGAUACAGAGUGAAAUAAAUGCAAUAUGGACGUUUUUGGGGUCAAAAGCGGGAAUGGGCGAGCUUGUAGAUGCUGCAAGAACAUUAGGUGAAACGGGAAAUUUUGUAGAUGGUUUUAAAAGACUUGUUUCAAAUGUUUUAACAAACACAAAGAAAUUAUUUAGAUAUACCGUACAUAACGGACAGAUUUUCGAACAGGUAGCAACAAACCCUCCGGUUAUGGCUGCGUUGAUGGUGGCUAGAGACAUAAACCAAGAAGAGGAGAAACCAGAGGAUACGGGUCAGGUUAUUCGAGACAUCAAAAACGUGUAUCCUGAAGUUAUUGAUUUAUUUAGAGGUGUUAAUGAUUCGAUUUCAAAUCAUUCUAUAACCAUUGAUGAAGAGAAUAAAUUAACAGAUUAUAUAUUCGUCAUUAUUGCAGAACUAAUGAAGAGAAUAAAUGAAAAAGGUAUUGAUGAUAUCAUUAAUGUCAGCGAUGUAAUGAUGAAAAGAAAUUUUGACUCAUUAUUUACAGAACCGAAAACAGAAUAUAGUCUUUAUGAUGUAAUUACUGAAUUAAUGAAAAAGAUUAAUGAUAAUAAGAGUUCUGGCGGAAGAGUUGAAUUAGAAGUGAAUGAUGUUAAUGAGAAAUUAGAUAGUAAAGCAGAUAAAGACCAUGUUCAUUAUAUAAGUUCAGAUGAACAGAUUAUAACGGAUUAUCAUGGAUAUUUAACACAGGAUGAAGAAGUGAAUACGGAAGAUGUUAAUGAAAGAAGAUAUAAAUUCAUUCGUGCUGAAGGUUAUGACAUAAGAUGUGUUAUAAAUUAUGAUACAACAGGUAAAGCACCAGAAGCAUUUGAUUAUAACGGUGAAAUUUAUGCUUCAUACUUCUUUGUUAACGAUGUAUUAGUUGAACCAAGAUUUACUUUGAUGGUUAAGUCAAAAUAA